AUGAACAAUAAGAAACCGAUGAAUCUGCUACCAAAGCUGGACUCAUUUCUGCGAAGGAAGAGGGAGCACAGCUACUUUAUCGAGGACGUGAAAAUAUACAAAAACAUAAGGGCAGACAGCAAGGAAAGGCUUCUUAGCAUAAAUGUGUUUAAGACUACCAAAAUGGCAGACUUAAUAGACGAGGACCAGCCUGGGACUGCCUCUGAGGCGGCGACUGAGGGCGAGUUGAGGAACCUGAAGGAGCCACUGGUCCCACCAAUUGGAAAAAUAGGCAACAAAUUGGAUCUACGGAACUUCACCAGGACGUACACGAUCACGAUGAGAAGUGGAGGGGCAGGAAGGAGCAAAUUGGCCAAGGAAAUGAGGGAGAAGUACGGCAAACUGAUUCCUGGGGCGGCAAUUGACAAUUCUGAGACGAUUUGCGUACAGAUUUGCAAGGACCAGGAUGGAUCGAGAUACGUGCAGAGGCAGAUGGAAGAGAGGUGGAACGGGGCUGAGAUGGACGAGUUCUUCGACCUGGUCAGCGGAUACGUCAGGGAGCUCUCCACGAAUCUCUUUGGAAACUACGUCAUUCAGAAGAUGGUGGCUCUUCUUGACGAGUCGCAACUUGAGAGAAUGAGAGCCAUUUUGAGUGGCCACGUAUUGGAGCUAUCGACCAACAUGUUUGGGUGCAGGGUGAUUCAGGGACUGGUUGAGAGGCUGAAGAAGAAAGAGGGGCUGCUUGACGAGGUGGUUGGCUGCACAGGGGCGUUGAUGGUGAACCCAUUUGGAAACCACGUUCUGAAGAAGUGCAUCGAUGUUGAAAUGGAGGCAGAGAGGCAGGAAUUCAUUUCUGGCUUCAUCAGGGCGCUUGUGGCUGGGGCCAGGGAGUACGCGAUGGAGAAGCACGGGUGCAGGAUGGUGCAGCACGCCCUGGCGGUGCUGCCAGAGAAGGAGACGAGGGAGUUUGCGUACGUUCUGCUUUCAAAUGCCCAGGAAUUGGCCAAGGACCAGUACGGAAACUACGUAGUUCAAGUUCUAAUACGAAACAAGGAGUACUCAAAAAUACUUGAAAAAUACGUCGUAGAAAAUAGCAGGGAGCUGUCUCUGUGCAAGUACAGCUCGAAUAUCGUGGAGAAAUACUGCAGCAGUGGCAGACUGACAGACGACUUCUUCGACGAGUUCAACGUGCCUGGCCCAGAUGGUAGGCCAUUUAUGCUUACGAUGAUCAAGGACGGCUGUGCCAACUACGUGGUCCAGUCCCUCUACAACAAGGCCGAUUCGAGGCAGCGGACUGCCAUUCUGCACAUUCUGGAGGAGUACAAGGACGAGUUGGCCACCCUGCCCUACUACAAGACACUCUGCAAUAAGUUUGAAAAAUGA